AUACACGACAUAAUUUACCUUCAAUCAUAAUUUGUCAUAAAUUAAGUCAACAUAAGCUCAUAUGUUCACUAUAUUACAAGCAGCUGAAGCCUGAAGGAGUUCUUUACGGGAUAAAGCGAAAAGGGGGAUCUGACGAGAUUGGAAUUGAGAGUAGUAAUGGAGACAGCAAAACAUGUUCUUGAGUUGAGUGAAAAGGAGUUAGAGAACGUUUCACGAGUGAUUGUUAAUCCACACGAGUGUCAUGUUGAAUCGAGUUUCUAUGAGAUUUUUGCCAUCAGGGGAAUCCGAGUUGACCGAGUCCAACCCGGUUUGAUCUCCUGUACUUUCAAGGUCCCUCCUCGCCUUACUGAUCGAACCGGAAACCUGGCUGUUGGUGCAAUUGCCAAUCUCAUUGACAUGCUUGGUAGUGUUUUGGCUUACGAAGUCGGAAAACCUGUGAAUGUGACUGUCGACUUGUCCAUCUUAUAUUUGUCAAAUGCAAAGCUUGAUGAUGAGCUGGAACUUACAGCAAGACUGGUAGGGAAGAUUGGAGUUGUUUCUGGAACUUCUAUUAUCAUCACGAAGAAGGCUUCGGGAGAAAUUGUUGCUGAAGGACGAAAUUCAAUGUUUACCAGACUUAAGAGUAAAAUCUGAUAUACGAUCAUUUUUGGUUCUUGUCAUGGGCGGCUAAGGCAAUGUGUAGGAUGAGCAAUUGUACGGGGCAUUUAAAAAUAUGAGGGUCCAAUUAUGUUAGUUGUUCGCUCAAAGUAAAUAAAAAUGACUAAUUCUAAUUACAGGUUUUUUUUUCCAAUUUAUCGAGUGUAAUAUUGGAUGCGGAUUAAAAGAGGUUAACUAUAAUUUAAUGUUUUGCUUAGUCUC